UGGCGGCGGCAGCGGGGCUUGUUUCCAUUGGGAAGCGGAGGCGAAGCUAGCAGGGCGGGCGCCUGUUCCUCCGGCGGCUGGGUCUGCCUUCCAGCUUCCAGUGGACACCAGUUGCCACAACCCACUGCGCCCUCUGCCUUUCCAAGCAAGAUCCGCUGGCUGUGUUGUUGUGUCAACAUUCAACUGCAAGAGUAAAGAGAGUGAAAAAGCGACCUCUCGGACCCUGUCAAACUGCAAACUUAAGGACAUUUCUAUAUGCUAAAAAACACUGCUGAUAAAUAAAAACCAUCUUAAAUGGAAAACUAGGAUUUUAACAUUGCUGAGACUGGGUUUGCUUUGAAGCAAAUGGAAGAAGAUGUAUCCAUUUGGUAAGGAAGAAUCUACAUCACUGGAACAACUUUUCCAGUUUUUCUGUGAAUGUAUACGGAGGAAUGAUUGGGAACUUGCACAAGCCUGCAUCCCUCAGUUACAUCAGUGGCAGGAUGGAUCUGAAAAAGUUGAAAGGAUCCUGUCUGCACUAAUAGUGUGCCCUUCCCAUUUGAGGUGCAGCCCCAGUCGAAGUCCUCAAAAGCUUGCUUGGUUUUGGCUCCUUGUACUACAAAAGUGGCUAGCAUGGGAUAAGAAAACAGUACCAGUAGCUCUCCAGAGAGAAACUGAAUUCUUGCUUCUUUUAGAAGAACUGGAGAAGGAUGUCCCUCGUGCUGUUCUAAAGGAGCUUUACAAAACCUUUGAAGACAGACAUGUAUUGAGCAGGAAACAAAGGGAAGAAUCUGUAUCAAAAUUUAGUGCAGAAGUGAUUGCUGCUCUCCGAAAAAUGCUAUUGCAUGCUCCGCAGAAGCUGCAAACCCUACUAGAGCUUCUUCAGAAAAAUCCUGUUGAACACAGCUCUGUACUAUCACAUAGUUGCUCACCAAGACACAUCUUUAUUGACUUUCUCUGGGACUCUCUAAAACAUCUGAAGCUUCUCCAACUAAAUAAAAAGCUGCUGGAAUCAGAUCAAAGCAAGACCGCAGAUGAAAUCUAUAAUGCUCUUAGCAUGUUGAACAUGGAGGUGGAGGGUCAGACAGGAGAGCUGCGCCUUCUCUUCAGAGAAGUUCUGGAUGCUUACUGGGGUGAACAUAGCCUGCUGAAGGAGGAGAGAUUACUUGGCUGCCUUCUCAGAAAAGGCAGUCAUGCCUUGCUCAGUCUCUUUAGCAGUAUGUUUCUUGAGAAGACAAGGGAGAAACUUCUGGGACCAAAGUCACCUGGCAAAGGUACAUCAGAACAGAUGGAUGCUGAACGGGCAGUGAUAGCGUUGUUCCUGGAUCAUGAACCAGCAUAUUCUUGGAAAGCCGCUUAUAUCUACUGCCUUAGCAGCAGCAAGCACUUUUUGGAACAAAUUCUGGUGACGGCAUUAUCUUUAAUGAAAAGGGAAGACUUCUCCAGCAUCAGCUGCUUGCUGAGACAGGAAUUCAGGCAUCUCAGUCGCCUCCUGAUAUUGCUAGGAUGGACUCAGUGUCGUAGUGUAGAAUCAGCCAAAAUGCUGCUCUGCACUCUUCACAAAUCUCAGGAUACCUGCAAUGACUCAGUAUUGAAAGACUUCUGCGAUGCGCUGUGUGCUCAAGUUGAGGUUCUUGAGUGGUGCAUACAACAGAAUAGUAAUAUUAUUCCAGAGGAUGUUCUUCUGCAGUACUUGCACAGUUUGGAGAGCCACUCUUCCCUGUACCUUCUCCAUCAUCUUACCAGCCUCUUGGCCUUGAAUGAAGAAGCUGUUAUUGAGCUUCUCCAAAAAAGUCCAGUCAGGGAAACAGACACUCAAGAUUCAGUGAUGCCAAUUUCCAGCCUUUUGAGUCAGCGAUGCAAUUUAGUUCUUUUCCAGGCAUUUUGUGCCAUGAAAUACGCUAUCUAUGCACUGUGUGUCAAUGCACACAAGGCUUCAAAUUGCAAGGACUGUGCUACCUGUUUUAUCAGUGAGUUCCCUGAUGAGCUGCCUGAUCAUAAUGAACAAGCACAUCAGUUUACUAGCCCAGACUAUGCAGAUAUCUUUGCUCAGUAUCUUUCCAAGUGCCAGCAUUUUUUAAGAACUGUACCUGUUCCUCUACGUCAGGAGCUUCUGGAGAACAUCUUCUCCUUGCUCUUUGUUUCCUGCAGUGACCUUUGCAAUGCUGAGCUCAAAGAGACAGAAAAGGCAGGUUUCGAGAAAAAGAACCGUGGGGACCGAAAAUUAGAGUGUUGCACCAGCAGAGAUUCUUCCACCUCGGCAAGUCCACAACACUCUGCAGGGCCUGAAAGGAGACCAGUGGCGCAACCUGACAAUGUAUCUCAAGAGCAUCAUGGGGUUCAAAAGGAGCCUGAUUUGGAAGUGAAUUGCAGCAAUUGUGAUUUCUUCAGACAGAGCUAUCUAGACCUGAAACAUUUCACCCGUGAUACCUGUGGAUUUUUAGCAGAUGAUGUAGCAAUUGAGAUUUUCCUCAAAAUGCUUCAGGACCAUUUAAAAGAAAUUGAAAGUUCUUCCCCAUGGGACUCAAACCAUGUAGCUCAGGAGGAGCUAGCAUUGCUGGAUUGUUUGAGUUUAUCUGUAAAUCAAGACAAUUUUGACUGUCGCGUGCAGCUGUUUUCCAAGUACAUCUCUGAAGCUCAGUGGCGGCACAAAAUAGUGCUAAGCAACAGAAACACAGGCAGUCAGCAAGCUCCCAUUAGAACAUGUAGCAAUGAAACAAGAGGACCCUCCUUGAAAAAGCAUACUCGAUCUCAAAAGAAAAAGUCAGAGUGCAAGAGGGAAGCCUCAAGCGCAGUGCCAGAGAGCACAAGCAGCGAAUUAAGUAUCACUACUGCAUCAGAAGGAAGUGCUAGUACACUUUCGGACUGGAGUGAUGCAGAAUAUAGGAUAAAACCUCAGCAGGACUCCCUCAUCCCAAUGAUGCUUUCCCCACCAGAAUCUCUUCUUGUUGCCUGUAUCUUGAAAGGAAACUACGUAGAAGCUCGUCAGGUGGCUAUUAUGUUCAGUCUGGAAAAUUCUGCUUCCUAUGGUGAGCUAAUUUUCUUGGAGCGCUACCAAGAAGUAAUCGGGGAGUUGGCUAAAGUAGAGCAUAAGAUUGAGCAUCAGUCAUCCGAAGGAUCUGGAAACCUCAAGCAGUCUGGCAGUGGUCGUUCAACACUGCAGGCCAUUGGCAAUGCAGCAGCAGCAGGUAUGGUGUUCUACUCCAUUUCGGAUGUUACCGAUAAGCUACUUGCCCCUUCCGACAGCCCAAUCCCUAUGCUCCAAGAGAACUUCUGGGCUAGCAGCAUCCAGCUGGAUCAUAGUGACCCACUGUGCGAUGUCCUGGAAGGCCUGUGCCCCUCUGCUAUGGCCAUAUUUGAUUUGGCUUCUACUCAGUGCCACUUAUGGAAAACCUGUAAAUAUCUCUUAGAAACUGCAGAGAGAAGGUUACAUAACAGCAUUGAUAUUAAGGGUCAAAGACUAGAAUCAGUUCUCCAGUGCUCUGAUGGUAUGAGGGGCUUCCCAGUGGUUCUUCAACAAAUUAGUAAAAUUAUCAAUACUUCACAAGGACAGCCUAAAUCAGAAAUCUCAGAUGAGAAAAUAAGUAGUCACUUCCACUGCAGCAUUGUUGAUCUGUUACAGUCCUGUUAUCCCUUCCUGACGGAGAAUUGUAUUACUAAUCAUAUUGUUUUAUCACAGCACUUUGACCAAAUACUGCAAAAACUGGCACAUGUUGAAAAUUCUUCAGAUUCCAAAGGGAACCCACUUGCUUCUUUGAUAGAACAGGCUUCUAUGAAAUAUGCAGAAUUAGAGGCACAUCCAGUUUACAAUCAGAUCAGACUUUUACUAAGAACUCUGGACCAACAUGCUCAGACCAUGCAAGAGAGCCACAUGCAGGAAAGCCAUGUGCAGAAUACCUAUGUACAAAAGUUCUUUCAUUAUAUUAAUAAACUGGCUGCUAUUGUUCUACGAAGCCUCAAUCCAGAACUAGAUCAGUCUGUAGAGGUACGAGUUGGAAACCCUUUCAUAUUACUACAACAGAGUCCUUCUCAUUUGUUGUCCCAGCUUUUGUUUGAAAAACAGGUUGCUCCUGAUAGGUUAUCUUUGCUGCUGGCCAAUGAAGAACUGAACUUAAAUGUACAGCAAGUGAUAAUUAACUAUUGUUGUAAGGCAUUACCUCUAUGUAGCACCAGGCAAAGCAAUCAGACUAGAUCCCUUGUGACCAAUAUUAGCAGUCUGGCACACCUGCAUGCAUAUCAUUGCUUACCUGAUGUUGAGAUACCUGUCCAUAAUCCUGCUAUGGACACUGAGGAUGCUGCCACUCAUUCCUCUUCCUCUGUGUGUGAGCAGAACCAGCACAUGCUAACAACUUCUACCCUCAAUUUCCUCAAAUCCCAGUCAAAUCUAAUAGCUGCCAUGGCUUGUCUGAGUGUAUCAAAGGUUCAGCGAAUCUCCAAACAGAGCUUGUCGUGGAUGGAGUUUCGAGGCAAGCGGGAAGUUCCGUUGUCUAUUGAGCAAAUUACCAAGGAAUGUGAAGCCCUGUUAAAGGAGUUUCCGCUUCUGGAAGCCUUUUUGUUCACUAUGUAUGAACCCCUGCGGGCAUCUGAAGAUGAGGGAAACAGCUUGACUAGUGGACUUUGUGGCAAGUCUUGCAUGUCCUUGCUCUUCCUGGGAUUGCAUUCUGACACAGCCAUUGAGGCCUUAAUGGAAAUCUUUGAGGAAGCACUCACAGCAAGGGAUUGGCCCAGAGCUCUGCAAGUCUUGGAUCUCUACAGCCAGGAUAUGGAAGAGCUAAUCACUGUGCGGGAUGCUGUACUGAGCUGUGCUGCUGCUGAUGGUAAGGAAAGUUGGCAAUAUCUAUUCCCAAUUAGAGAUGCCAUGCUGAGGAGCAGGUUAGCACUUCGCUGUUUAGAUAGGUGGCCCUUGGAGGCUUGUCUGGAGAUCCUAGCUUAUUGUUCCUGUGACCCUGAGGUGUCUGAAGAGCUCAGAUAUGAUCUGCAGAGCAAAACAAGAGAACUUCAGGUUUAUCAAAAGAUUCUAAAUCUACAAGACAUCCCAGUGUGGCAUGACUGGCAAGAGCUGAAAAAAACCUGUACUGAAGAUCCCCUAGCCAUUAUAGGAUUGAUUCUAGAGGCAAAGGAUUAUGAAUUAUGUGAAGAAUGGGGUGACUUGUAUCCUAUUCCAAGGGAUCAUCUGAUCAGCCUUCACCAAGAGCAUCUCCUUCAUUUGUUAGAGAUGGGAGAUAUGGAAAAGGCUUUGCAGCUCUUGCAGCGGAUAAAGGAUCCAGACAUUCAACUUGUCAUAAGUGAACAGUGUCUUGAUAAACAUCCCAGCUUGGCAGCUUCUCAUUUCCUUGCAGAUUAUCUUACAACAUACUUCUACAAGCACCUAACAGUUAUGCGCCAUAAUGAAAUUCAGGCCCUUUAUGUGGGAUCGAAGGUAUUAUUAACUCUUCCUGAGCCUUACCGUGCUAACUACUCCCACCUGUCCUGCAAACCGCUGCUCAUGUUGGAACAGCUCUUGAUGAACCUGAAAGUGGAUUGGGCAGCUGUGGCUGUACAGACACUGCACCAGCUCUUGGUUGGACAAGAGAUAGGUUUCACCAUAGAAGAUAUUGAUGCUUUGCUCUCCAAGUAUGCUGGGAAGGCUCUCGAUUUUCCUUUCUCACUAAAAGAGAAGAGAUCAGACUCUAUGAUUCAGAUUCCAGAGAGUCUGUACCGAGGAUCUGAAUCUGACACCUUGUCCAAAUCAGAAUCAACAGAUCAAUUUCCAACCAGUUUCCCUGAUACAACACGUUCUUCCAGCCCAGGAGAGAGAAACCAGCAGCAAACUGUCUUUCCCCAAGAGUUUGUGCCACCAGAUAAGCCCCCACCAAAACAGCAGUGGAUUCCAGAUGAAACUGAAGACACUUGCAUGGUUUGCAAAACUGAACGUUUUUCUAUGUUUAAUCGACGACAUCACUGCAGACGUUGUGGGAGGCUGGUGUGCAGUUCCUGUUCUACCAACAAAAUGGUGGUGGAAGCUUGCAGGGAAAACCCAGCUCGUGUUUGUGAUCAGUGCUAUGCUUAUUACAACAAGGAAUGUUCUACAGUGUUGCCCCAUGAUCAAGAAAUCUCAAAAGAGGAGGCUCCAGAUCAAGAAGAAGCCACAAUUUCCUCUGAUAAUGAGUGUUCAGAUUUCUCUGGAGUGGUCCAAAUAUCAAAGAUGGCAGACCUUGAGUGGCUUCUUUCUUUGAGGGAAGAAGAGAAUGAAAUUGUACGCAGUGAGUUUUAUUACGAGCAGGCUCCCAGUGCAUCCUUGUGUAUUGCCAUCUUCAAUCUGCACUCAGACAGCAUAGCUUGUGGUCACAAGUUGAUAGAGCACUGCUGCAAACUGUCCCGAGGCCUGACAAAUCCUGAAGUGGAUGCUGGUCUUCUCACUGAGAUCAUGAAACAGCUGCUUUUCAGUGCCAAAAUGAUGUUUGUAAAAGCUGGCAGGAGUCAAGAUUUAGCUCUUUGUGACAGUUACAUCAGCAAAGUGGAUGUGUUGAAUAUUUUAGUAGUUGCUGCAUAUCGCCAUGUACCAUCUUUGGAUCAGAUCCUGCAGCCUGCAGCAGUCACGAGGCUAAGGAAUCGACUUUUGGAAGCUGAAUACUAUCAACUAGCAGUGGAGGUUUCAACAAAGACUGGUCUUGAUCCAGCUGGAGCAUGGCAUGCAUGGGGAAUGGCUUGCCUUAAAGCUAGCAACCUGACUGCUGCCAGAGAAAAAUUCAGCCGAUGCCUGAAACCUCCACUUGAUUUGAAUCAACUAAAUUUGGGCUCAAGGCUGGUCCAAGAUGUGAUACAGUACCUGGAAUCCACAGUAAAACCCAUUCUGUCUGUGCAGGAUGAUGACUACUUUGCUACUUUGAAAGAACUGGAAGCAACGCUGAGGACACGAAGCCUGUCUCUGGAGAUGACGCCUGAAGGGAAAAUUCAACAUAACACCUACUAUCAAGAGUGCCUCUUUUAUUUACACAAUUAUGGUACCAAUCUGGCAAUAAUUGGUUUUUAUAUGAGACAUGAUUGCAUGAGAGAGGCACUACUGCAUUUGUUAAAUAAGGAGAGCCCACCGGAAGUAUUUAUUGAAGGAAUCUUUGUCCCAAGUUAUAAAAGUGGAAAACUUCACAUGUUGGAAAACUUGCUGGAAACCAUUGACCCUGGCUUGGAGAGCUGGGGUGUCUAUCUCAUUGCAGCUUGCAAACACUUGCAGAAAAAGAAUUACUACCAUAUUUUGUAUGAGCUGCAGCAAUUUAUGAAGGAUCAAGUGCGUGCUGCUAUGACCUGUAUUAGAUUUUUCACACACAAAGCAAAGACUUACACUGAACUGGGAGAAAGGCAGAAAUGGCUUUUGAAGGUCAAGGAUCACCUCAAAGUUUACCUACAGGAAGUUUCACGGAGUUCAGGAAGAAAAAAGUCUGCAUGCAGUUUCCGUAAGAAAAUGUCUGCGCCUGAUGUGUCAAGACACAUCAACACAGUUGAGCUUCAAAUGGAAGUAACAAAAUUCCUUCAUCGAUGUGAGAAACAGGGGGCCUCAUCUGCAACUGUCUUUACAGUACCCACGCUCUUUGGGAACAGUCAAAUGAAGAUGGAAGUUGCUUGCAAGGUCAUUCUGGAAGGCAAAAACAUUGAAGAAGGCUUUGGGAUUGCAUUCAGAGUUCUACAGGACUUCCAGCUGGAGGCUGCUGCUGUAUACAAUAAAGUGGCCAGACAGUUGGUGAAACAGCAGAACUAUAGUGAGAUCAGACAGCUCAUCAAAUGUAUCAAGGAAUCUGGUGCUGCAAACAAAAAUGAUGGGGACAACGUCAUCCUAAACUGCCUAGAUGAUUUUGAUUCUGUCCCUGCUGAGGAAUUGGACAAUCUGAUCCAGGAUAUGGAGAGUGAUGAAAAUAAGAUCCAAGCAUACCUGAGAUGCCACAAGCUACGUUCUGCCUACCUGGUCUCAGUGAAACAGGAAAACACAAGAGCUGUGCAGUUGGUCCAACACGUUCGGCAGCUGGCUGAGGAUAGCGGAGAAGAUGUGGUGCAGGCCAUUUGCACUCAGUGGCUUUCAGUGCAUCACACCAAGCCAAGAAGCUGGCUUACCCAAACCUCUAAGAAAUGACUACUAGGAUGUGGGUAGUUUGGUGUUUCUAUAAAGGGAAGACUGUUGUUCUUAUCAGAACAGCAUUUAGCAGCAAGUUGGAAAGGAGCUGCUUGGAAUCCUCCAAUGAGAGGGAAAAGAUCAAAGGAUCCUAAAAGUGCCAAUCUAUUACCUCUACCUCAGGGUGUUUAGUUAUUCAUUUCCUCCCUUGUCUUCCACACCUUCAUCUUUUAAAAAUAUUUCAGUCUUGCUUUAGCCAAGGAUUUUUGUUCCCAUUAAGACAUAUUUCUAAGGCAUUGUAGCAGUAAUUCAAAACCCAGAUCAAUUUGGAGUUGGUUUCCUCUAACAGACGGAAACUCAUAAAGCAAAGAUAUUAUUUCUGAAUUAGAAAACAAAUUUUAUACUCGGCAGUAUAUGGUUGUCUGGAUUUCCUUUUGUAUAGAAAUACAAUUUAUGCAUUUCUUUAGUAGGAAUGCAGUUAUCUAUUUUUAAGUGAGGAAACAUGUUCAUAUGUUUAGAAAAAGUACUAGUGAGCCAAGAGGAAGUUCCUGAAACAGUCUUACUAGCAUAUAUGUGUGCAUCUUGACAUCUGGACAAAGUAGAUGCUAAACAAAGUACUUGGUUGAAAGGCUUAUUGUUAUAUGUUCUACACAGCCUCAUCAAGCAGUAGAAAAGAGAAUGUUAAGGGUCUUGUAACUGACCAUCCAAUUAUAUGGCUAUGUCCAAACAGGUGGAGAAAGCACAGCCUGUAGACAGCAUACUUCCCCAGAUAUUCUUGCUCCCCCCAUCCCUCCACUUUUAUUUUGCUCAAAACAAGGUUAUGUUAAGUUUAAAAUAGGUUUUUUGCUGCUGCAAGUUUAUUUAGAACUUGACAUAGAUUCUUUCUGGUCAGUCUAAUACUCAUAGUUCAUCAUCCACUUUCCCAGAUUGAUUGGAGAUCCCAUUGCCUGCCCAAUGAGAGGACAGUGAGUUUGUUUUUGGCUUUUUUGUUUGUUUACUAAAAUGUCCUCCAAAUCAGUUGAGGGCGACUGAACAGUCCCAAAGUCAGGGAAGGGCAUGUCCAGGAGCCCCCCCCCCCCCCCCGAAGAAAACCACAAAUGACAGGAAUCCUACUUAAAUGUUUAAUUUUUAAAACUGGCGGGCAUGAUGUUUCAAUAGGCUAAUUGCCAUUUCUAGACACUUCUGGCUGUGGCAGUGCUCCUUUUGGGAGCUGUAAAACGUUUACCUGCCCUUUGUUCUAUGCAUAAGAUUGUUACCUGACUUGUUAUCCAGCAACAAAAUGAAUUACAGAAUGAUGUAUUUUAUCCGUC